AACUAAAUAAAACAACCUUGUAACUAACUUGUAACUAACCUUGAGAUAUCAAUAUAUAACAGUCUCCUAGCCCGAAAUAUGGCAGAGAAUUCUUUUGAAAAAUCAAUCCAACUUGAAUUACAUCAAAUUGGUAUCAGAGCAGCCCCGAUUCUUGGACGGAAUGGCUGGCCGAAGAGUUAACAACCCUGCCACGGGGGAAAACCGUGUGCAAGAAGCGGUGGAGGAAAUCACCGUCCUCUCUCCAAAGACAUCAACAGUUCGCUUGCUGGCUGUUGAAGAAUCUUUGGGAGAUCUCCACAACAAAUUUGAUAAGUUGAUGGAAAGUGUCGAACUGUUAAACCGAAGAGGAGAAUUCCCACAGCCACCACCACGGAAUGAAAUUAACUUCCAAAACGACCAACGUUUUGGUGAAGCAAGAGGCCGGCGAGCAAGGGGAUACGUUAGAAACAUGAACAAUCCACGAGGACUUCAAAGAAGGAGACCCGGUUACGCUAUACAGCAACAGCUUGACGAAGACCUUCAAGAAGAUCAAGAAGAUUGGCAAGAAACCCAAGAAGAUGAUUCUUCAAGCGGGGAUGAACAAGGAAACAUGUGGAACUUCAAUGAUGAAGCACGAGCAGGAAGAAAUAACCGAAGAAUUGAGGCCAGAAGAGGAGAAUACCACGAUUAUAAGAUGAAGAUCGACCUUCCCAUGUAUUAUGGCAAACGAAACAUAGAAGCAUUCUUGGACUGGAUAAAGAGUACUGAAAACUUCUUCACUUACAUGGAUACGCCUGAACGCAAGAAAGUCCACCUAGUAGCCUUAAAAUUAAGGGCUGGUGCAUCAGCUUGGUGGGAUCAGUUAGAAAUCAAUAGACAAAGAUGCGGGAAACAACCGGUUCGCUCAUGGGAAAAGAUGAAAAAAUUGCUGAAGGCAAGAUUCUUACCACCAAACUACGAACAAACUUUAUACAAUCAGUACCAAAACUGCCGCCAAGGUGUCCGGACAGUAGCUGAGUACAUUGAAGAAUUCCACCGCCUGAGUGCAAGAACAAACCUAAGCGAAAAUGAACAGCACCAGGUUGCAAGAUUUGUGGGAGGCCUUCGAUUCGACAUCAAGGAAAAGGUCAGACUACAACCAUUCCGUUUCCUGUCUGAAGCAAUAUCAUUUGCAGAAACGGUAGAGGAGAUGAUUGCAAUUCGAUCCAAGAAUCUAAAUAGAAGAUCAGCAUGGGAAACAAAUUCGACAAAAAGCAAAACAAACGACCAACCUUCAACCUCAACAAAAGCAAAAGGGAAAGAGAUUGAUAAUCAAGAAGUAGCCGUUGAAAGAAAGAAAGAACAGACGUUCAAGCCUAGUGGUCAGAACAACUACUCCCGCCCGUCAUUAGGAAAAUGCUUCCGAUGUGGCCAAACUGGCCACCUGUCCAACAACUGUCCGCAAAGAAAAACCAUUGCAAUAGCCGAAGAAGGAGGACAGACAAGUGAAGACAGUAUAGAAGCAGAGGAAGAAACUGAACUGAUUGAAGCAGAUGAUGGGGAAAGGGUCUCUUGUGUUAUCCAACGGUUACUAAUUACGCCCAAGGAAGAAAAGAACCUGCAACGCCACUGUCUUUUCAAGACAAGAUGCACCAUAAACGGAAGAGUAUGUGAUGUAAUCAUAGACAGCGGCAGCAGUGAAAACUUCGUAGCAAAGAAAUUAGUAACAGUCUUGAAUCUAAAGGCUGAAGCACAUAUGAGUUUCAAUGGAUGGGAAGAAAGGUAGUCUUACUCCCUAUAACGAAAAAGAUUAACGAAGGGUUAAGAGGUGAGAAACAGUUAUUCAUCACUGUUAGUGGGA